CAGGACAGACAUAGGGGCACAGAUAGGGGGGGAGAUACAGAGACUAGACAGAGGGCAGAGGGAGUCUGAGAGGCACAGAGAGGGAGAGACUGGGAGGCAUAAAAAGAGAAGUGAGAGACAAACAGGGGAGGGACACACAGAUACAUUUUUGUGCACUCAAUUCACAUAGAAAGAUAGACAGACUUAAACAACAGACAAGCUGCCAGACAUACCAGCAGUAUCCAGGAACAGACUCAUACCUCUGAAAAUAAACAGGAGACUGAAGGCACCCAGACAGUUACUAUACCUUCCAGUCACAGAAACAGACCUGACAAACACACACAGGUAUACAGCUCUCAGUUUCCACAUACACACACAGACCAUCUCUCAAGGUCCUGGGACACAGAAGAGCUUGGAAGUUCCUGCACCAUGCUACAAUUCAUUAUACUUCCAGUGCUACUCCUGACUGCUGCACGGUGCCACCCUAUCCCGGGAGGGGACACAGUACAGACGGGUGGUACCUGCUGGCUCUUGCAAGGCACAGGCUCCACGUGCAGCCUUAUGCUACUUAGCGCGGUAACAUGGGAUGAGUGCUGUGGGGAUGGACAUCUAGAUACAGCAUGGUCUAACUACACCGACCCCAUGAACAAGAUCAGUCUUCUGGGCUUCCUAGGAUUGGUCACCUGUGAGCCAUGUCAAAACAGCUGUGAAGAGGUACAGUGCCCAUCAGGGAAGACAUGCAUUAUGAAAGAUAAACGACCCCAGUGUGAAUGUUUUCCUGACUGCUCUGGACUGGAUAACGAAGUGCCGGUGUGUGGCUCUGAUGGGCAUACAUACCAAAAUGAGUGUGAACUGCUUACCAGCAAAUGCCGUGGACAGCCAGAUCUGGAAGUCAUGUACUAUGGAAAAUGCAAGAAGUCCUGCUCCAGUGUUGUUUGUCCUGGGACUCAUUCCUGCGUGGUAGACCAAACAGGAAGUGCACAUUGUGUUAUGUGUCGUUCCUCUCCAUGCCCAUUGCCUCUUGCCUCUGAUCAUGUACUCUGCGGGAACAACAAUAUUACAUACCCUUCUGCCUGUCAUCUCCGCAGAGCAACUUGUUACCUUGGACGUUCCAUAGGCGUUCGUCACAUGGGAAGCUGUGCAGAUAUCACCACAUUUUCCAUGGACCUUGAUGAUUCUCUGAAGAAUUACGUGUGAGGGCAGCGUGAUGUCAGUAUAUACAUACUGGCCAUUCCAUGUGUAUAUUGUACAUACAGUGAGGCAUAUUUAUUAACUGGACGUGUUAUUUAAAUGUAUCCUACAGGUUAUUAUUCGUGUGAACAGAGACAGAGUUAACUGUAAAACUCUUGCAAGGUGAUGGAAAAGAAUAGUAUCGUAUUACUUCUUACAGCAGAAUAUUUGAAAUAUGAAGUUGUUCUGCACAUUUAAAUAUGUUUCUUUGGAAGGCUAUGGUUAUAAUUUGGGAAAUUGAGUGUCUGUUCUUUCCAGUAUACAACGAUAGCAACAAAGACAGACCAAACUUUCUGAUAUAAAGAAUCGUUCGGUAGUGAGGUGACACUUAUACAGGAGUGGUCUGCUUUAGUUUCAAGACUUUCAGAUGUUUUUUUUUUUUUCUAGUAGUACACUUAUGGCAGCUGGUGAUGUCUGACAUAUGAUACACUGAUUUCACUAGCUUCAUGCUUUUAAAGCUUCUUCUAUGUGCUUUGUAUACAGCCCCUUUAGUUUGUUCGUCACUAGUAUUUUAGGGUUAUAUGUUCCCUGGUCAGCUUGGCAAUAUGCCCCUACACACAAAAAAUAAUAAUCUUAUAUCCAGAACCUUUUCCCAUAGAAGAGGGUCAGAUACAAGACAAACUGU